UUUUUUUUAAAGUUUUUUUCAGGUUGAUUCAUUGAUGUUAGUGCUGUGAAUUUUAUUGUUGAUUGGUUUAUGAGCGGAUUAGAAAUAAAUGUGGCAGUGGUUGAAUUGAAAUGUUGAAUUGAUUUCUAAAUUGGUUUAUGAAUAUGAAUGUGCAGGGGUUUUGCUGAUUAUGAAUAUGGUUUAAUUGUUGAAUAUGCAGUGGCUUUGUUAAUUGUUGAAUUGCUUUCACUGAUUAUGAAUUUUGUUGAUUGUUGAUUGUUGUUUCUCUGAUCCCGAUUCUAUAAGCAAAACAGAACCAAACGAGUUCAUUCGAGCGAGAAGGUCGACCCUUCUUCAGCUCAGUACGCUGCCGCUACGACAGUGAAGUUCAGAGGUAAGUUAUUAUAAAUAAGAAUUUAGUUCAAAGGAAAGAUCAGGAAUAGCCCUUGGACUGCUAAGGUAUUCUUAUAAAGAGAAACUUUUAUCCUCUAGAGCCUAAGUUCCCAAUAGGUUAACCACUUUCUUCUCUUAUGAAUUUUUUUUAUAGAUGAUCUUUGCAUUAUCCGUCUUUCUUUAUCCAAAUAGCCAUAGGAGAAGCUGAGCUAGGUGUUCUUGUUUGUAUACUAUUAUCAGAAUUCAGUUCUUCGGGAAACUCUCUAGUGCCAACGGUGGAUCCGGUGCCACAUAUGAUUCUAUGAUCACUUCCGAUAGGCAGGAACGUUUCUCCUUCAUCCUCGAAGGUCCUUUGUUCUUUGCUUUGAAAGAGACCGACUAUAGAUCUCUUUCUCUCACGCUAUUUUAUAUGAGUACACAAGACUACUUCGCCCCACAACCAUCUCUUUUUUAUAAGUUCUACGGACAGUUUAUGCCUUUUUCCGACCUCCGUUCUGGCGAGGGGUUUAAAAUGGAUUAUACUCUUUCUCUCCAUCUUUCGUCUAUACUAUGUCUCUUUCCUCUGUUCUUUGUCCUUCUCCUACUAGGAGUAGCGACAGUCGUUCCGCUAUUUUAUCAUGUUGAUAUUUCUGCCAAUCAAAACGAGCUUCCGCCAGUUGGUGAAGGGAUAGACCGAAGCAGCUCACUAACGGGUUUCCACCUUUGUAUGAUAUGGUAUGAGCAUUACGGCCUGAGAUUAAGACUUUUUAUUAGGCCGUUAGGAAGAGAUCUUGAUAUUGACUUACGAGAGCCUACAGCAGUAGAAUGAAGUCCAGGAGUUCAGUCGUCUAGGGUGAAGUUAGAGGCCCUAAUCCAAGAGAACCAUCAGGUGCGGAGCUCAAAUGCCCGCCUAUGAUCUUCCAACCGUAAAACUUGGUCUUUAGCUAAGCUCAACUGGUCUCUUUGUUGCUGAAAAUAGUGAGAAACUCUUAUCUAGAGUCAUUAAAGCUAAAUACCAGAAUAGGAGAUGCUGGUUUGUUUUACUAUUAGUUACUUAGUUGAUUGAAUUCUUUUCUUUUAUGGGAUUUUAAGAUGGCUUCAUCAGAGACACCAUCAUCCCAAAAACAUUAUAUGAAGAUAGAUACCUAGAUUUUGAAAUUACUCAUUAGACAUAGUUUAUAUAUUGUUAUUAUUGUGUUAAAUUAAGAUAUAUUAUAGUAGUACCGACUAAGUGACUAUUGUUCAAAUGUUAGUUAAGACAUGCAUUUCAAAUUUUAAUUUUAAGAUUUCAACUGUUUUAUAUUUUUAUUUAAAUAAGAUUGAUUCAACCCAUAACCCACCGAUUGAACCAAAAAUCCAGUGGCUCAGUAGUAUAUGGUUAUUAAUGGUGAUAAAAAAUUGUAUGGUAAAUAAAUAAUAAAGAUAUAAAAUCAAAUUAUUCUCAAUUUUAAAUCAAAUUAAUUCUUAUUUUACAUAACAAAUUUGUAUAAUAAUACUUCAUUUUCAAUUCAUUUCAAAUUAAAUUAAAUCGUGGGUUUAACAAGGUUCAGCUUGAAGUCGAUCCAGAAACCGCUUUGGACUUCUGUCACAACGGUGCUAGUGAUUCUCAUUCAUCCGUGCUCCUUGUUGCUGCCAUUCAGAAGUUGAUGAAAAAAGCUGAUUUUAGAGGGAUGUACUUCAAAAUCCCAGCAAUCAACGAUGUUGUUUAGGUGUCAUCAUGAGCGGUGAGCCCAGCACAGAAAGACAACACCACAGUCGCAGGCUCAUAUUCCAUCUCUGAUUCCUCCCUCUAUUUCAUCCAAAGCUUCCAUUAAUUGAGAAUCGCACCAACCAAUCCUUUUCAAUUAAAAAAUGCAGGUACUUGCACUUCUUCAUAAUUGAAUCAAAGUUCCUUUUGUAUUCUUCAUGCUGUGAAAAGCAUUACCUUCCUGCACCUUAUGGCACUGAGCUUUAAUCCAUUGCGAAAGGGUUUACAAUAUAGAUUCUUGAGCUAUUUCUAUGAUUGCUCUUUAUGUUGUGUUGAUCUGAAUCUGUGCUCUUCAUCAUUGCCUGCAAAAAGUUCUGUUUCUGGUUUUGGGGCUCAAGGUCAGGGUAAACGUGAAAAUCAUAGUUCUAGGUUUCCAGGGGAAUUGCGUGUUACUGCCGAUGAUGAUGCGAGUAAAGGUCAGAACUUCAAUUUUGGUAGUCUUGAUACACUGAGUGAUGAUGAAGAGGAAGAAGAUGGUGAUGGUGAUGGAAAAGGUUCUAGUAAUGGUGAUGAUGAGAGUCUUGAGUUUAUGAGCUCCUCUAAUGGCAACGACAAUCAUGCAUAUGGAGAGAGUAUUGGUAGAGUUGAAAUUGAUGAACAUGAAUUCAGGCAUCCAUUGGUUAAGGAAGUUUGUAGGUUGAUUACAUAUAGGUCAGCUUGGAACCCUAGACUUGAAGGAUAUUUGAGGUACUUAUUGAGAAGAUUGAAGCCCCCACAUGUUUGUGCUGUCUUACGCUCUCAAGAAGAUGAACGGAUUGCUUUGAAUUUCUUCUAUUGGGCUGAUCGGCAGUGGCGCUACAAACACAAUGCUAUUGUCUACUAUACAUUGUUAGAUGUGCUUAGCAAGACUAAAUUGUGCCAGGGUGCUAAGCGGAUUCUUAAGCUUAUGAUGCGCCGUGGAAUAAAAUGUUCUCCUGAAGCUUUUGGCUAUGUGAUGGUGUCUUAUAGUCGAGCAGGCAUGUUGAGGCAUGCCAUGCAAGUUUUGACCGUGAUGCAGAAAGCUGGAGUUGAACCUAAUUUAUCUAUAUGUAACACUGCUAUCUAUGUUUUAGUUAAGGGCAGCAAAUUGGAGAAGGCACUGAGAUUCUUGAAUCGAAUGGAACUGGUUGGAAUCAAACCCAAUGUUGUCACUCAUAAUUGCUUGAUCAAGGGUUACUGUGAUCUGAAUCGGGUUGAAGAUGCAUUGGAGCUUAUUAUGGAAAUGCCAUCCAAGGGAUGUCCCCCUGACAAGGUUAGUUAUUAUACUGUGAUGGCUUUUCUCUGCAAGGAGAAAAGAAUUGAAGAAGUGAAGCUGUUGAUGGAGAAAAUGGUGGUGAAUAGUAAAUUAAUUCCAGAUCAGAUUACAUAUGAUACACUUAUUCACACGCUAUCCAAGCAUGGACAUGCAGAUGAUGCUUUGGCUUACUUAAGAGAAGCAGAAGAUAAGGGCUUCCACAUUGAUAAGGUUGGGUAUAGUGCAGUAGUUAACUCCUUUUGUAAGAAGGGCAAAAUAGAUGAGACGAAGAGUUUAGUGAACGAGAUGUACUCGAAGGGCUGUAUUCCUGAUGUUGUGACAUAUACUGCUAUUAUUGAUGGAUUUUGUCGCAUGGGGAAGAUAGAUGAAGCGAAAAAGAUGCUGCAGCAGAUGUACAAACAUGGGUGCAAGCCAAAUACCGUUUCAUACACAGCUUUGUUAAAUGGCCUGUGCCACAAUGGGAAAUCGUUAGAGGCAAGGGAGAUGCUGAAUGUAAGUGAGGAGCAUUGGUGGACGCCAAAUGCCAUAAGUUACAGUGUUGUGAUGCAUGGUUUUCGUAGGGAAGGAAACUUGUCCGCGGCUUGUGAUUUGGUUAGGCAAAUGGUUGGAAAGGGAUUUUUUCCAACUCCAGUUGAAAUUAACCUGCUAAUACAGUCCCUGUGUCAAAAUCAGGAAGUAGUUGAAGCUAAAAGAUUUUUAGAAGAAUGCCUGAAUAAGGGUUGUGCCAUCAAUGUCGUAAACUUUACUACUGUAAUUCACGGUUUUUGUCAGAUUGGUGACUUGGAAGCUGCUCUAUCAGUGCUAGAAGACAUGUACUUAAUCAACAAACAUCCUGAUGUUGUCACAUUUACAACAUUGUUUGAUGCAUUGGGGAGGAAAGGUAGAUUGGACGAGGCUGCUGAGUUAAUAAUGAAGAUGCUGGGCAAAGGUUUGGAUCCUACUCCGGUAACAUAUAGGACAGUCAUCCACCAUUAUUGUAAAUGGGAGCAAGUGAAUGAUAUGUUGAAACUAUUGGAAAAAAUGCUUGUUAGGAAGCCAUUAAGAACAUUAUACAAUCAAGUAAUUGAGAAACUUUGUGCUUUUGGGAAACCCGAGGAAGCUGAGAAACUUCUGGGAAAGGUUUUGAGAACAGCAUCAAACCUUGAUGCUAAUACAUGCCAUGUGCUCAUUGAAAGCUAUCUGACUAAAGGGCUUCCUCUAUCAGCAAAUCGAGUGGCUUCUAGAAUGUUCAGCCGUAAUUUGGUUCCUGAUUUGAAGUUAUGUCAGAAAGUGAGCAAGAAGCUAAUGUCUGAUGGAAAGUUGGUUGAGGCUGAUAACCUUAUGUUGCAACUUGUUGAGCGUGGAAUACAACAAAAUGAGACGAAUUUGUGAUAUUAGUUACUACUCCAAGCUUAAAAGUUGUGCCCAUGGUGCUAUGUUAUCACUUCCCUUCGUUGGAGAUCCAAUACAUCUUGCAUUUCAAUGUGGUAAGGCCAUUCUUUCUUCUAGGGAAAAUGGUUCUAAUUUUUGAGAAAGUAAAAUUCAUUCAUGUAAUCUUAAAUAUGGUUUAGAUAAUUGUCUUUUUAUGUUUGGCACAUAUGUAUUUCUCUUUUGUGGUGAUGAUGAUAGCAUAUCAUUUUCAUGCUAGUGUUGUGCUUAUAUAUUUCAGUUUGAUAACAAGAAAACAAGAACUUAAGGGCAGAGUAUGCAUCUUCUUAUGAAUAUUGUUUACAUGAUAUAUUAUCCUACAAGUUGUGCAUGAAAAUGAAUUCUAACAUUGUGUGCCUUGUUCACAAUCGCAUGCUUCUUUCCCAAACAGAGUUCUCCCAAUCAUUUGGAAGAGAACUUAGUGCAUUGACUACUCUUGUUGCUGAAAUUGUUUCCUCAUCUGUAGUCCCUAGCACCUCUUUCUUUGAUAAAAUUUUAAGCAUUCGAAUAGUUGUCUAUCUUGGCUACCAAGCUGUCAAUUAGAUUCACUUUUUUAUCAGUAAACUGGAAAAAUCACUUAUUCUUCUCUUUUUUCUCUUUCUACUCUCUACAUUACUGUUCUUCCCACCAAUGCCAACUAUCUUCCAUUUCCAUAACCAUUAAAAGGUAACAUAUAUAAUGUAUGUAGAAUACAUUUUCAUAUAUAAAUAUGUGUGUAAAUAACAUUUCAUGUUAUUGAAAGGCCAUGAUGGAUACUUUUAAGGUACUAUUUUGUAUAAUUCCUUUUGACUGAU